CCAGGAAUAGAAACACAAACACCCGCCUGCUGCUUUCCACCAAGCUAUUUCUGCGCCCAGGAAAGUGAAACUAAGCCUCUCCCCCUUUCCCUUCAGAGCUAUGGCUGCAUUGAAUCCUGUACAACACCUCCAGGAUGAACUGACCUGCUCCAUCUGCUGUGAAAUCUUCCAGCGCCCAGUGAUUCUAGACUGCGGGCACAGCUUCUGCAGAGCCUGCAUCACCCAGUGCAGGGACGAGGCCGAUGCACAUGUCUCCUGCCCUCAGUGCAGAAGCCCUUCUUCGCAGAACAAUUUCAGGCCCAACUGGCAGCUGGCGAAUGUUGUAGAAAAAGCCAAGCAGCUGAAUGAGCAGGUAGCCAAAGGAGCAGAAGGGGGGCAGGUAUGUGAGGAGCAUGGGGAGGCUUUGAAGCUGUUCUGUGAAGCAGACCAAAAGUUGCUGUGCAUGAUAUGCAGAGAGUCUCAGACUCACCAAGCGCAUGCUGUGGCUCCUAUCCAGGAGGCUGCGGAGCAGUACAAGGACCUGAUACACACUCAGCUGAGGAUUCUAAGGGGAGACAGGGAAAAGCUGGAAGAACAGAAAAUGAACAGAAGUCAAGAACACCAGGACUAUCAGGAGAAGACUAAAACUGAAUCGCAGAAAAUUGUCUCCGAAUUUGAGCGACUGCGCCAGCUCAUGAAGGAACAAGAGUGCCUCCUGCUGGCCCGGUUGGAUGAGCUGGACAGGAUGAUUAAGAAGAGUCAGAAGGAAACUGUCACCAAGCUGUCUCAGGAGAUUUCCCUUCUUGACAGCCUGAUCAUUGAGAUGGAGGGGAAGUGCCAGCAGCCCCCAAGUGAUUUCUUGCAGGGCAUCAGAAGCACCUUGACUAGGUGUAUGAAAAGAAAGCUCCAGCAUGUGGUGGAGAUGUGCCCAGAGGGGGAAAAGAACCGUAGUGACGUCUCUGAACAAAAUCAAAAUCUAAAGAAGAUGCUAGGCGUUCCACCAUCUGACCUGGAGAAGGACAGGGGGGAACCUCAGGGAUCAUACAGCAAGGAAAAUGUGGCCAUGGAUCCAGACACAGCGCAUUGCCGACUUGUCCUGUCAGAGGAUCGGAAAAGUGUGAGAUGGGGAGACAUGGAGCAGGAUCUGCCCAACAAUCCUGAGAGAUUUGCUCCGUGGUUCUGUGUGCUGGGCUGCGAGGGGUUCACCUCAGGGAGACACUGCUGGGAAGUGGUAGUGGAGGGGUCAGGAGCCUGGGCCAUGGGGGUCGCCAGAGAGUCUGUGACGAGGAAGGGACGGCUCAUCCGUAACCCUGAGGCAGGGAUCUGGGCUAUGGAGCUGUUCUGUGGUCAGUACAAGGCUCUCACAUCCCCUCAUCUUACCCUCCUGUCCCUGCCCCAUGUCCCCAGGAAAGUUUGCAUCACUCUGGACUAUGAAGGGGGACUUGUCACAUUUUCAGAUGCAGAUAACAAUGACCCAAUCUUCACUUUCCCCCCAGCCUCAUUCACUGGGGAGAGAAUCCAUCCUUGGUUCUGGGUGGGAGAAAGAUCCCUGCUUAUACUUUGUCCCUGAGACAUGGGAGAUGGAAUAGCCCAGAGAAAUGAUAACAUCCUCUGUGAGCUGCAAAGGAGCCUCUCUAUUCAGCUCCUGUUUUCCCACCUCUAUAACAAAAAUCUCAGAGGAUUUGCAGUGUAAGAGCCACAGAGAGCAGCAUGUGCUUUGGAUAGAUAAAGCAGUGCUAUUCCAGUAGGCACCAUUACUUGUUCGUCCCUCUGCCUUACUGCUCUGGAGACUCCAGUCGCAUGUCUGUGCAGUGGGAAACCCCAAGCUGUAGAGCAAAAGACCACUUUAGUCCAGAGGUGAAUGCUCCUUGGCCUUAAGCCAGGAAAGAAGCUCCUGUUGGGGGCUGUGCAUGACAGAAACACUGGUUUUAAUGAAUGAGGACAUUGUGCCUGGGGAAAAGCUAGAAACUCCACUCCUGUUGUGAGCAUUUUAUGCAAAUCUAUUUAAGUUGAUCUCCUUUGAGUCUUCCUGUGGGCAUGUCUACAUGAGACAUUUACUGCGCAGUUAACUAAUUAACGGUGCAGUAAACAUCUCAGCAUCUAUUAGGUCACACAAAACUAAUAAACUCUGCAGCAAGGAGGGGUUUUUUAUGCACAGUAGCACUCGUGUAGAUGCUGCCUGCUGGCCAGUCCCACACUGAAGCAUCCUCGUACCCCAGCCAGCCCCUCUGCAGCAUAUUGAGCCCUGUCAGAGCAGCCCAAGGUUGACCCCCCAGAUCCCUGACCAGUCAGGGCUGCUGCGAUCCAGCUCAAUGUGCUGUGGUCCAGGUGCACAUGGAAGUUGCACAACCAGGAGCCUCCCAGGAGUUUAUUGCUGUGCAUUAAUGGCUUAUGUAGAUGUGCCCUGUGUGAACUCCUGCAGCAGGGCCAAACUUGCCUUCCUGGCCUUAUCCAGACUAGCACAGCCAUGCAGCAUGUGGUACAGCAGACACAUCUACUCUGUCCAAUACUGAUUUUUUUUUUUUUUUUUUUUUUUGCUGCUGGAAUUCUAGUUCAGUGAUCCUAUUCCUUCAGUUUGGGCCAUCUAGGUUUAAGUUAAACUGGUGCCAUAGGCAAUAGCAUCGCAAAUGGUCUUCCUAGUUCAGCUGGAGAAAGUCUCAGUGCAAGUGGUACAAGCUGAUAUGUCAGGAGAGCCAAAUCCAGAGGUCAAUGACUAUGUAGACUGAGCACUCAUCUGGAGGAGGUGAGAUCUGGGUUCUGAUCCCUGUGCCAAGGACUGUUUAUGCAUUUUAUUCAAUGGCAGCCUUAUCUGAAAUGCAAACUGCUGAGGCCUGCCAUGACAGCCAUGGUGCUGGCCAUGCCCCAAAACAGAACGUUAGACAACUAGGACAUUUUAUUGGCAAAAACCCAGGUAGGGACUGAAGAAUGGACUUUUAGAUUUAGACACUGAAGUUCCCCUAAGCUCCUGGUAUGAAUGUGGAUAAUUUCAUUUCAGGAAAAAUAACCAGAAAUAUGCAAAAUUGCUUUCGUAUAGAAUAUACCUAACUAGAAAAAUUUACAACCAGCAUACUGAGCACCCACGUCUUAAGAGAACAUUUACAAACAAGCUAAAUCUGUUUUUCUUUUCUCAAGGAUGCUCGCAUGUAGAAAAUGAAGCUCAUUUACAUGUAGAAAAUGAUGCUAAUUGACAUAAAAACAAGACAGCUUCCUCCUACUCUUUUUAAUUCCUAAUUCAGCCAAACUGAAGGCCAAAUUCUGAUCAUAUUACUUAGUGUUGUGCUUUACCACUAGGCCAUAUGCCCUCUCACUUCAUGUAAAAUAUUUCACACACUCCAUCCCCAUUCCGGCUAUACUCGGCACCCACACACAUCAGGGACCGAAGCUUCGCACAGCCCUACUUUUCACCUCUAGAUCUCCAAAUUUUACAUGAUGGUGACCAAGCAUCAGUAGUCAGGAAAACUGGCACUGAAGUGCCUGGCACAUGUUCACUUAAUGGCACAAUGGGAUCUGUUCUCUGAUUCCAACAAUUGCACUUCCUGCAUGUCACACAUGUAUAGCAAGACAUACUACUUCAGGAUCGGGGAUCAGAUCCAAAUUGCACCAAUUGCAUCAUGAUCCCAGGCUCCCCCUGAACUGGCAAGGAGAAAGCCGAGUGCCCAGAUAACCAGCGAGGUCCUGGGCCUGGGGCUGACAAACAGCUGAUUGUGGGUCCUAACACUGGGACUGCACUGGAGCUGGUCCAGAGCCUUGCCAUGCAGUUGGCAUCAGGCUGCAUGUUAGGGACUCUGCCACGCAUUCAAUUUAAGGCAUGAUGGAAACCAGCCACAAAAUGAUUCCACAUAUUUUUUAGAAUAAUAUUGUGGUUUAUUCCAUACGUUAUUGUGCUGUUAAUUGCCUGAAUGUGUGGCCUGGUUACUGUUUAAAAAGUUAUUAACUAGUUAAUCCUGUCUUAAAUGUAACAUCUGCCAGGGGCCUGAGAGUCAGCAAACCGUUGGAACUUACACUCUGAUCCUCAAGAUUCAGACUGGAAUAUACCCCAGUUGUCCUGAUGCCGUCUCAGGUGCCCUCACCAUUGAAUCAUAUUCUCAUCUAUGAUGCACUGUGGGUGACAAGAGCUCAAUAUGCACAAAGAAUAGAGAGUUUUGGCACUGAGUUAGGAUAAUAGGGUUUGGUCCCUUCAUUGUCUUUUAACGUUCAUUUUGUUCUUCAGAGCUCUGUCUGUUGAUAUUAUUCUCAAAUCCUUCUAAAUAAGUGUAUUCGCACUCAGGUUAGUCAUGCACUUUGUAUGGGAUAUCUGCAUGUUGUAUAUUUAAAAAGUUACAGUCUGUUUAUAAUGGAUUUAGGUUAGUCAUAAAACAGACUUAAAGAACGGCUGGCACCCCAGGAAAACUAUUCUCAUCAGAAGUGAGCCUGCUUACACAGCAUGUAUUUUCUGUUUCUC